AUGGAAACCAUCCUUUCUUCUUUGAAACGUACAAUAUCAGAGAGAAGCAAUUCAGAUUCGUCUGAGUCAAGUUCUCCGCGGGAAAAGCGUUCAAAGAGUUUAGCCGAGGAAGACGAGGUUCUCCAAGCCUUAAACAUGGCUGGGAACGUUAGUGAAAAACUCGAUAAAAUUCUUGGGGAACUUAAGAAACUGGAGAAACUCGAUGCAAUUGAGGCAACGUUGAAGGAUUUAACAAGCAGAUUGGGGAACGUCGAAUCAACUAUCGACAAGAUGAAAGAAGACGCACGUGCUGUGGAAAGUUCGAUCAAAGGUAUGGAUAAGAGUCUUACAUAUCUCAACAAAGAAGUUGAAGAGCUUCGUGGAACGGUAGAAGACAAGGAUAAGCAAAUAGAAUAUUUGCACACGCAACACCUUUAUCUCGAAUCGUACAGCAGGAGAGAAAAUCUGAAAUUUUUUGGCAUACCGGAAAACGAAGCCAGCGCUUCGCAGGGGAAAGAUGCGGUUGGCACAAUUGAUGUUUUGUGUGAGUUUCUUCAUGAUGUCCUUGGCUUUGGGGAUCCAAAGAGGAAUAUGGAGUUUCAACGAGUGCAUCGGAUCGGUAAAUCCGUACGUGGAAAGCCCAGGCCGAUAUUAGACCGUUUUUUACGCUAUCAAGAUCGCGAGACAGUGCUUCGUGCUGGGUUUGAAUUGAAAGGCACUGAGUAUAUGAUUUUGCAAGACUUCCCUCAGGAAAUCAUAGAGAGAAGGCGCAAGCAAAUGCCCAAAUUAAAGGAAGCUAAAAAAAGGGGCCAAAAAGUAUCCUUUAGUAAAUCGGAACCGGAUAAACUCUUUAUUGAUGGCAAGUUCAUUUCUGCGUAAGGGUUAUAUUAUCUGUGACCUUUAUUUGUUAUAGCAAGGCUGUAAGGUGGUUAUCGUUUGGUUAUUGUAUAUUAUAACCAUGCAGCAAAAGCUCUCUAGGAGAGAUGUCGAAUUAUUUAAUUAGUUCCAUCCUCAAGGGCAGCGUUAAGGAUAUUUAUCUUGCUGCUCUUUUAAGUUUUGUGUUUUUCAGUAUCUCGUUGAAAUGUAAUUUUUUCGUUUUUGCUUUUGUAGAUGUUCUGCUUUGCUUUUACUAUGUUUUUCAAAGCUAUUCUGGCGCGUUAAUGAGGAUAUAUUCUUUAAAGUUUGAAGGUGCCAAACUGACGCUUAACUUUUCCCACCUAAUGAAGUUGUUUUUCCCUUUGGUGAAGUAGGGCGUAGUAACGUUGAUUUUAGCCUUUUGUCACUAAAUGCUCGAGGGAUUCGUACUUUUGAAAAGCGGAAAGCAAUUUUUAGCUGGCUUUUAAAUUCUGGAGCCGAUGUUUGUUUUCUGCAAGAAACCUACAGUACUCAAAAAUAUCUGGAGAAAACAGUGGAAAGGAAACAUGUUCUUUUCGCACGGUAGUAGCCAUAGUCGAGGUGUACUUGUACUGGUAAGGGAUAACUUAGACUUUCAAAUGCGAUAUAUCAAGGUUGAUUCUCAAGGUCGCUAUGUUUUCUUAGAGGUUUCCAUUCAGGAUUCACCAUAUUUUCUUUUAAAUAUAUACGCUCCAAACAAAUGUAGUGAACAAUGCACCUUUUUUAAAGAAAUAUCAGAAAUUUUGAAAGCGGCUAGAACAGAACAGGAUUACCCAAUUAUCGUCGGAGGCGAUUUUAACGUCAUACUUGACCCUGACUUAGAUGGACGGGGCGGAAACAACAGAAAGAAAGACUCCGCAAUAUUAGUUGAAGAUAUGCACCUCGAUUUCGAUCUGGUUGAUAUCUGGCGUAUUAGGAACCCCACUACAUCACGAUUUACUUGGCGUCAAAAAACUCCGGUUGUGCAGAGCGAUUUUUGGCUUAUAAGCGACAGUUUGCAAGAUGAGAUAAUUUCAGCGGAGAUUAAAACAUCAAUAAAAACUGACCAUUCGGCAAUAACCCUUUCAAUUUGCGGCUUAGAUGAAACUGAGAGAGGACCGAAUUUCUGGAAAUUCAAUUCGAACUUAGUAAAUGACUCGGACUACUGUGAACUUUUAACCACUGAAUAUGUGAAUUGGUUAGAGGAAUUUAAAGAGGUUCAGGAUAAGCGUGUUUUAUGGGAUUUAAUUAAAUACAAAAUAAGACAGCAAACAAUUACAUACAGUAAAGGUAAAGCCCGUGAAAGAAGAACAAAACUACAAAAGGUGGAAGAUAAGCUGAAGGAAUGUACAGAAAAAUGUGAUAUUGAUCCAAAUAGUGGAAAUCUCGAGGAACUGGAUUGCCUUCAAACAGAAUAUGAUCAAUUGUACGAUUACAUUACACAAGGGGCAAUCAUUCGCUCUAGGGCAACCUGGUAUGAAAUGGGUGAAAAAAACAACAAAUAUUUUUUGAAUUUAGAAAAUUCAAACAAAACUAAAAGCAGUGUCCGCAAAAUCUUAACAACUGUUGGAGAAUUAACUAGCGACCCAAAAAAGAUUAUGAAUGAAUUGGAAUCAUAUUAUUCUAAUCUCUAUGAUGGUAGAAAUUCCGCAGACACGCAGACAAUUUCUUCGUUUAUAUAAAUGAUCUCACCGAUGUUCCAUUUUUAGCCGAGGAGAAGAGGAAUGUUUGCGAGGGUAUCCUUAGAUAUGAUGAAUGCUAUAAUGUAUUACAGACCUUCCAAACGAAUAAAUCGCCAGGGAACGACGGUUUAACAGCCGAGUUUUACUUAGCCUUUUGGCCCUUGCUUGGAAAGUUGGUAGUUGAUAGUUUGAACUAUGCUUUCGAAUACGGUGAACUAUCGAACUCACAGAAACAGGCCGUUAUCACCUUAAUUGA